AUGUGACUUUUAUUUUCACUUUAGCCUCUUCAGAGGCAGUGCUGUUUUGCAUUUAACCACUCGAGGUUGCCUCGAGUGAGGAGCUUAAGAAAAAUGGAUAAGAUUUCAACCGUAUUUAAAAAGACACACAAUAUCCUACGAGAGAAAAUAAGAAAUAAACGUACAGGACAUCAGCGGGACACUGCUGCCCAGCCUGAGGAAGAGAAGACUGGGCCUAAUUCAGACACUUUAACACAGAAAGGAGAAGGCGGCCAUCUACAGAGUCCAUGUGGACAUAUCGUCAAAUUCCCAAGUCUAAUUAAUAUGGUGAAUCAGUGCCUAAAACAAAAAAGCCUGGACUUCAGCUGUCCCGUGUGUGAGGAACAGUGGAACUGGUCUCAGGUCAGAGGUCAGCUCCAGCUUUCUCACGCUCAGAUUGUAGUUCUGGACGCACAAGUUAACCGCAUCAUGCAGGACCUGCCUGACGUUUACAAAAAGUGUCCAGUUUGUUUGAGUAUCCUGCGGCGCCCUAUGGACAGCGCGGGACGGCCCUGCCCUUUCUCCAGCUGUGUGCUUUGUCCUUACACUCAUCACUUCUGCUGGUCUUGCCUCGCCCGCUGGGUCUUCCCCAAUGCCGCCAGCUCUGGUCAGUGCAGUAACCGCUCCUGUCAUGUAGUGUCCACUCUGUUGACGUGUGAAACUGUGACAGACUCUGGCAGCCUGGUUGUGGGAUGUCCAGUGUUUCGGGCCUGCCCCGAGUGCUACACACUGACCACUUUUCAGUCGGACUCUAAAUAUGUCUCCUGUCUUGAAUGCACUCACCGCUUCUGCUACAUCUGCCUGGACAGUGAAACACAAUGUGCACAGGGAGAACACCCCCUCCUCCAACCAGCCUGUAAAAAACCCAGAGCGGAACGCCAGAAAUUCAUCACAUAAACUCACACUAUGACUAAUAUGAACUGCACUUUAUGGUUUCCCGGACAAGGAAUACGUUGUAGAAUAUAUAUUUCCUUUAUUGAAAAAAAUCUCCAUUGAAAGUGCUGUGUAUUUCAAGACUAGGCUUAAUCCUAAUCCUUAAUCUGGGAAAUUACCCCUAAACAUUUGAAAGCACUUAUUGAUAUUUAAUUCAGCAAUAAUUCUAAUCGAGAAUGUAUUUGAUCAUUUUAUUUUAAAUAAAUGUACCUAUUAGGGCUGGGGCGACGCGUCGACAUAAUCGACGUCAUCGAUUACAAAAAUACAUCGAUUUGCAUAACGUGCGUCGGCGCGUCGUAAACAUGGCGGCGCCUGUGGAGAGCAUUAGAGGUUAGAUCGGGCCCAAAAAUUCCAACUGGCUGUUUUCGGGCUGUUUUAAUGAGCGAAAUGUGAUCAGAAUUAUGUUAAUUAACACGGUAACAUAGAAGCAUAGAACUAUUAUUUAAUUAAAAUGAUUUUUAAGAACAGCUAAACACAGCUAAACAAGUCAAACGCGGAGGAGUUCACGUGCGAGAGACACAGAGAGAGAGAGAGAGAGAGAGAGAGAGAGACACAGAGAGAGAGAGAGAGAGAGAUUGUUCUGACUUGUUCUGGUGAGAGCUACUCACAGGUGAAGGUUCUCUUUGAUCUCCUCGUGCUCAUAUUCUAGUCCCAUUCAUAAUUCUGCAGCUCCCUCAGUGUUUUCUGCCGUAUUUUGCGGCUAGC